UAAUUAUAUUAAUUACAUAAAUUGUUUCACCGUUUCCCCAAUCUUCCUGUUGAAAUAGUUAUUGAAGGAAAAUACGUAAUACGCAUUGUUAAAGUUAUCCAUCACUACAUUGUACGACAUUCCAAUACUUUUCGUAAAUUCAUCUAGGUAUUUCAUUGCAUUGUAAGAACGUUUGCAUACGAUCAUUUUGAUAUAAAGAUAGAGACAACUGGUUUAGUACUUGAAAGAAUGUGUUAAUUUUUUUCAUUGCUAAUCAGUAUUCAAUAAUUACAAAUUUUAAAGCGUAAAUGCAUAAUGUAACACAAAUCUCAGUUUGAGUGCUUUUGGAACUAUAGUGACAAAUGCUGUUAUCAUAAACUGGUUUGAAGUUAUUAUUUCUUUUGCAAUUAGUGAUAUUAACGGUUUAUUGAUCUACUUUUCAAAAGUCCGAAUGUCGGUUAGUCAAAUCAGAAUACAGUUAAUUGCAGUAUUUCUUUGAAAUAAUUUAAGAUGUAAAAUCUAAAAUUUCAUGAAAAAUGGAUUUUGUUUUAAAUACGUUAAUUAGUGUGAUUGAUUGCGUAUUACCUGCAUUAAAAAUAUCGCCUGAGGUCAUAUUUCAGUAAAAACGGUAAAGUAAUCAUCAGGUAAUUGAGAACUAGAUGCAGUAUUUUUGUUCGGUGAAUUGGUAAACCGUCCGGAAGAUUCAAAGGUAAACCGGUAUUUUACUUGCAACAUACCUACAUAACUUACUAAAUUAUGUUCGUCCCUGUUGCGGUAUAGGGUUGUCUCUGUGUACAGUCCUCCAUCUUUCCCGGUCUUAUGCUGCCUGUCUUGCUUCUUUCUAUGAAAGUUUGACAGCCCGAAGUUCUGCAUCGGGAGCCCGCCUCGAGCUUGUUACAGUUUUCCUUUUUCCUAGUUCUCUUAAGGGUUACAAUCAAGGUAUUUUCUGUUAAUGUUGAGUUGAGCUGUUCUCAUGAUGUGUCCAUUCCCUUGCCAUUUUUCUGCCAUCUGUCUUGCCAUCUGAUGUUUUGGAUCUGUCCAGGAUCUGUUGCAAGUUUUUAACGAAUAUCUACAGUUUCUGGUUUUAGCUUUUGAUGAACCCCAAACAUUCUGAUCUGGCAUCCUUUCCUAUUUUUCCUUACUCACGUUGAUCCCAAUUUAGGUGUAGUUGUUCCUGUGGCGGAUUUAAUCACCCAUUCAAUCACUAGAUAGAAGAUCAUGGGCAAAACAUCCUUGUCUAAUGCGCGAAGUAUCCUCAAAUGGAGAAGACAGGUCCGAGUUACGAAUACCUUGACAAUGGUUUUAUUUGGAUGUUUGUCAGUAGCCUUUGCUUUCGUCGUCUCGAAUCUUGGAACUCUGAUUUUAACGCUUGCUAACGUUCUGUUUGGAGCACUUGGGGGACCAAUGCUUGGGAUGUUCUGUCUAGGAAUGCUUUUUCCGUGGUCCAACAAACUGGGCGGAUGUAUAGGCUUAAUAUGUGGUUUGAUCAUGAAUGUUUGGAUUUCGUUCGGCACCGCCAUAACAAAAACAAGCGUUAAUGUAAAGUCAUCAAUCUCUGUUGAUGGAUGUAGCUGGAAUAUGUCUGAUACAACUCCGCUUUCUGCAUCGACGCCUGCAAACACUAUAUCUUCUACCGUAGAAUCAGUUUCUACAACACACAUUUUUGACAAAUAUGAGGGUGUUAACCGUUUAUACACAGUUUCUUAUAUGUGGUAUUCCGGUAUAGGCGUUUGCACCGUUGUCGUUGUCGGCAUGCUUGUUAGUAUAAUCACAGGUGUCACUGAUACAUCGAAGCUCAAUCCUAAACUAAUUUGUCCGUUUUUCGACAUAUUCUUCCCAUUUCUUCCGGAGAGCUGGAGAAAACCUCUUAGAUUUGGAGUGAGACAUGGUGAAAAGGACUUUGGAGAAUUCGACAAUACAGAGAAAAUAAAAGAGCAACUGAAGAGCCUAAACGGUUUUGAUGAAAUACGUCCAUAUAAACUUAGAACUGAUUCAGAUGUCAAUAGGAAAAGAGAGGAAAAUGAUGGUCAUGUGUCUACCGAGUGCAAUACACAUUUAUGACAUGGUUCAUAUGCAGAAGAAGAAAUCCAUAUUUACCUAAUGAUUAUGCAGUUGUUCUUUUUUUGCUUAGUCAGAAAAGAAGUUUCGAGCACAGUAGAUCCAGAUAAAUAAAAGUGAUGUGUUUACCAUCUUUACCAUGUAGACAUUGACACUUCAAAAAGUGUUUUGUACAAUAAUGAGAUUUUGUAAAGAUUUUAUUAAAGAUAUAUAAAACACACAUUCAUAUUUGAAAAUAUGCACAUUUCCCACAUAGUAUCCAUAAAAUUAACAUGUAUAUGUGUGUGUGCGCGUGCGUGCAUGUGUGCGUGUGUAAAGAGUACUUUGUGUACGUUUGAAAUUGUACACAUCUAAUACACUGAACAGCUAAGCACACAAUAAAUGUGUGCUUCCACUAAAAACUGAAAGUGAAGUUUUUUUAACAUAUCACUGUUGUAAAUAAUAACAUUUAAUUGUGAAUAUAGGUCUACAAACAUAGCUAUUUUAUAUAUUUUUAAAUAAAUGAUUUUAGUAGA